AGCAGUGAAACACCAGGGGCUGUGGUGCUGAGCAACGAUUGCAGGGUGUGAGACUAGAGAUGUGUGUGUGAUGUGCAUGAGAGCAUCUUUGCAUCUGUCCGAGCUAUUGUGUGUGUGUGCAUGUGUGUGUGAGCGUGGGGGUGCGUAGAGGAAGACAUCAGGGGUGUGUGUGUGUGUGUGUGUGUUUGCACAGGUCUGAUAUUUCCAACACAACCAGAAGAGGAUAAACCAAAUGUCCUGAUUGUUGUCACUUUUCUCCCCCCCACCCAACCCAAGCUCUCCAAGUGCCCUGCGCGCUCUGCGAAGUUUCUUUCCUCAACCCCCCUCUGCAUCACCACCCUCCUCUUGGUGCAGUACAUCUCCAGUGAGGAUACACACACGCGGUACAGAGGUCCCUGAGUGGUCGAGUCAGAGAUCAUGAAGUGGAACCUCUUCAAAAAGAAGCCAGAAGCCAUGGUGGGCCCUGAGCCCACGGGACCCGGCGGCACCCACCUGUCACACAACAUGACGAUGGCCCCCGCUGUCUCUACACCUGCGGACAACUCCACCGAGGCUGAGGGACCCGUCAACAAGAAUGAUGUCUUUGAGGAAAUCAAAAGCAAGUUCCUCAAUGAGAUCGAUAAAAUCCCAUUGCCUCCAUGGGCGCUCAUCGCCAUCGCUGUAGUGGCCGCCCUCCUCGUCCUCACCUGCUGCUUCUGUAUCAUUAAGAAAUGCUGCUGUAAGAAGAAGAAGAACAAGAAAGGCAAAAAGGGAAAGGACGGCUUCAACAUGAAGAACAUGCAGGGUGGAGAUGAUGAUGAUGAUGAAGAAGGAGAAACUGGUUUGACGGAGGAAGAGAAAGAGGAAGAAGAAAAAGAAGUGGAGAAACUUGGAAAGCUUCAGUAUUCGUUAGAUUACGACUUCCAGGAUAACAAGCUGACCGUGGGAAUCAUGCAGUGCGCCGAUCUGAUUUCCAUGGACUCUGGAGGAACGUCCGACCCUUACGUUAGAGUCUUCAUCCUUCCAGACAAGAAGAAGAAGUUUGACACCAAGGUGCACAAAAAGACCCUCAACCCAGUGUUCAACGAAACCUUUGUCUUCAAGAUCCCAUACGAGGAGCUGGGUGGGAAGACGCUGGUCAUGUCUGUGUACGACUACGACCGCUUCUCCAAGCAUGACAUCAUCGGUGAGGUCAAGCUACCCAUGAACACUUUGGAUCUGGGUCAGCCGAUCGAGGAGUGGAGAGACCUGGACAGCGCUGAGAAAGAGGAGCCGGAGAAGCUUGGUGACAUCUGCAUUUCUCUGCGUUACGUUCCCACUGCGGGCAAACUGACCGUUUGCAUCCUCGAAGCCAAGAACCUGAAGAAGAUGGACGUGGGCGGCCUGUCUGACCCGUAUGUGAAGAUCCAGCUGUUGCAGAACGGCAAGCGGCUAAAGAAGAAGAAGACUACGGUGAAGAAGAACACACUGAACCCGUACUACAAUGAGUCCUUCAGCUUUGAGAUCCCUCUGGAGCAGAUGCAGAAAAUCCUUGUGGUGGUGACGGUCUUCGACUACGAUAAGAUCGGCAAAAACGAUGCCAUCGGGAAGAUCUUCAUUGGCAGCAGAGCCUCAGGCACGGCGCUUAAGCACUGGUCCGACAUGUUGGCCAACCCGCGCCGUCCCAUCGCCCAAUGGCAUCCCCUCCAACCGGAGGAAGACAUCGAUGGCGCUCUGGCUGCUCUUAAUGCCAAGAAGUAACGUCUCACAUCUCCUGACCUGACUAACCUACUAACUAACCAACCCGCCACUGCAUGACACCCCACACUCAUCCGUAUGUGCUCUGCCAGUUUGUUUCGCAUAAUCACCAACAGAUAUACUGGAAAGAAUAUACUUGAAAAGAUGAAAAAUAUCACAUGUUCGCCGCGUAGUGUAAACCGAGGCAGGAGAAAUGGUCACGUUUGGUCUGAAACAACAUUUGCAAAUAACAUUGUGCACCUAAACAGCAAACGCAAAAUGGCAUUAGGAGAAGUAGCCAGCAGAAUGAUAUUUUACACAGCCAAAUUUGCCAGCCAAAUACACAAUAUGCAAAUACAAAAAUAGUAAAAACCAACAAUGAAAAGUGCACAAAAAAAUCAAUAAAUGCACCAUUUUUGCACCUACAUGUCAUAUUAUUUAACGUUUUCAACUGGAUUAGGUCUAAAUAUUACUAAAGGAUUAUAUUUCUUUCCAUGAACAGAGAAUAAUUAGUUUCAGGAUGUUGUUGAUUAAAUGGAAUUUUGUGCCUAAUCAUAAGUGCAAAUAAUAGUGAGUUUAUGUUACAAAUAUCUACACAUUUGCACAAUUACAAAGCAAUGAUCACUUUCACUUAAACAUCGUAGGAAAAGCAACCGGUGUAGGGCAGAUUUGUUUACAUUGUCGAUAAAUAAAUUAGGCUUAAGACAAAUAAAAACGUCAUAUUUGCAUAUAUGCGCCCAAAAGAAAGAGAUUCAGGUCUAUGGUUUUGUAACAGUGCUGUUAGAUAGGACUGUGUUGAUAAAUGGGCUAAUAAUUCAUUAAAUUCUGCAAUAAACAUGUAACAUGCGUCAAGCAUGGUUUACCCGGUCAGUGUAAAGGUAUAGACGCAUCUCUUUUACUGUAAUGCUGCGAUUACAGUGCCAAAUCCAGACGUUCAUGUAUCUCACAUAUAGAAGAUCCCAUCUGGCCAAACCUGACAGGCACUAAAGCUGGCUGUGAAUGUAUCGUGGGAUCGUACAAAUGAUAUUUGCACUCAGUUGUUGUGUCCUUGAGAGUUCGCUGUCGUGUUUUUGUGAUCUUGGCCAUACAUUUGAAUACCUGGAGCUCAGACUCAUUCAGUAAACUCCACUCUCCGAGAUGCCAAAGUAUUAUCUGGAACAGAAUAGUAACUGGGUGUGUGGUAAACGAUACUAAUAAAGCAAUCCGAAGCAUUCAGCUCCACUCUUCAUCCCCAACGAUGCUUGUAUAUAUGCAUUGAUCAGAUUGGUUUCUACAGCAUGUACCUAUAAAUUGAUGUACAUAGAAGCAUGUUUUAAAGAUAGAGCAUAAUUAUAUUGUGUACGUGUGGCAUUUGUCAUUUUGAUAAUAAAUGUAGAGGGGAAAAAAAUGCUCUGAAUGCACAUUUUAUGAAACUUCCCUGAAAGGGUACAAGACAUUUAAGAAUAUAUUAAUAUAGGGUUUUUGAAAAUACUUUUCAAUUUGCAACAGAGAAUUAAGAGCUGUGUGUAACGUGAGACUCGUGCUUGUGGUGUCAGUUUCAUUUUAUUUGCAUUUGUUUCCCCUUCUUGUCCAUGUAUAUUUGUCACGUUUCUGUGUUUAUUCUGUCCUGUUGAUGUGAAAAUAAAUAAAAAUGUUCAGGUUGUGAAUUUACAGGAAUGUCUAGUUAGGGUGAAUCUCACAAAAACACAUUCGGGUUACAAGACACAAAUUGUAUUUUGCAUUAAGAUAUGUUUAGGACCAUUUUAUUGUAUUGCAUUGCAUUGCUUUAAGUAAAAAAAAAGUGCUUAAUUUUUAUAAAAUAGGCUUCAUUUUAUCAUUUUCCUAUUUCUUUAUUUUGAUAUGACCUGAAUGUUGUCCUGUGAGAUGCACCUUUUAAUGUACAGUGUGUAAAACCAAUUGCUGAAACUCGAAGCCAUAUGCAUGGGCCCUCGCAAAAGCUCAUCGUUUUCGGACAAAACAAACACCUCAACAGAAAUCAAUAAUAUCAAUCUUCAUGCAUUUGAGCCAGAACGAUGGGAGAGCAACUGUCUGUUCAAAGAUGCUCUUGUUCCUCACAAUAACUGAAAGGAUAUGAAAGUGAUGCCCUCGUGUUUAUACGAUGACAACUGGAGUCAUUUGAGAUUACAUAAUAGAUAAACAGUGUAUUCACAUAAUUGCUUGCAAAUAAAUUAUUAAAAGAUAUGUAUUAUCAUAAUUAUGGUGAUCCAAGUGUACAAUGGCAUGACUUUAUUAUGCAAUAUGUGUGCAAUUGACAACCAGCCCAAUAUAUCUAUUGUUUAUUUGUAAAUUAAAUUAAAUUUAAGGAUUUAAGAUAUAUUUUCACAUAAUGAUCUUUUGUUUUUCCUGUUUUUGGAAAAUUACUGAUCAGAUGGCACUUCUGAAGUAUUUUAUUUCCAUGUUUUAGAUUUGGGCAGUUGAAUGUUUGACUAAAUCAAAAUGCAUAGAGCCCAGGAUAGGUAAUUAAUGAAUAAAGAUAGUAUUUUAGUGGCCAUUAAGAUAUGUUCUCAUAUUUAUAGUUUUUUAUUCCUUCAUCGAAUGCUCUGUCUGUUGUAUGUAAUCAUUUCUUUUCUAUGACUUUCUGUUCGGUGGAACAGCCUUGGACUGUCUACAGCUGCUUAGAAAUAUCUGUCUGCUUCUGUGUGUUGUACUUCGCAAUAGGACCAAUGUAGAAUAAUGUCUUAAUGUUUCUUCUGUGGACAUGAAUCAAACCGCAGGGCUCUGGUGUUCCUCUGCAGAGCAAGCAACAAAAUCCCAGUCUUCCCUGGGACACUGUGGAUGCCCUUCCCUUUCUGUUUUCCAUUCAGUGCAUUCUAAUAUCAAACCAUAUUGUCACAAACUUUCCCGAUUGCAAUACUGCCAACAUCUUGGCUUACUAACAUCUCCUAACCUCCCUGUAAAGACUCUUCCAAAGAACUGAUGCCUUCCUUAUGCGUUCGUCCAUUGUGGAGGUUCCAGUGUUGUUGAUUCCUUUCGUGGAUGCUUUGGCAUGCUUUGAAAUUCCCUUCUCCAAUCUUACCACAUCGGCUAAUGAAGAAAAAAGAAAGCCUUUCCUCUGGCCGCUCUUGUAGCUUCUUGUCAUCCAGUACAACCAAUGUAAAAACCAACCAGUAGAACGUCUACAUGCAGAUUUCUCCACGAGUUAUCGAUUAGUUAAUCACAGGAAAUAAAGUUCUUUUGAAAUAUA